AACGAAGGGGAAAAUACCAGAGGAAGAGUGGUUGAGUAGAAAAUAAUUUUGCAACCGUUUUGACAGGCAUACCAGGUGUUAGAUUCAAUUUCACGAAGAAUUUCAAAUCUUUGCGCUUUUUGUUCAUUGCUAGUUGACGCUAGUUUCAUCAAGGCAGUAGAUCAUCAGCUGAGUUUUUUGAUGCAGCAACAGGAACUUCAUGAGUCUGGGAUUACCAGUCCUGAAGAAGUCCCUGGACCACAAGAACAAAUUCAGGCUGCUGUUGGGAGAAGCAGUUCACCCAGAGGUACACCAAAUUCUGGUACAAAUCCGGCGAGGCACAGGAUUCGUGUUUCAAACCUAUUAGGCUCAAGUGUGGAAAAUUUUAGGUGUUCGAAAGAGCGGAGGUCUGGCAAUGGCUGUUCGAAAUUACUGGGAAUAAGAAGCAAACAAUCCAAUGGGCUGUCUAGUCCAGCACCAUAUUUAUUGCCUAAAGCUGGUGGAGCUUGGAAAAACAGGAGAAAGAACGAGUCCGUCUGUGCGAAGGCAGCCGAUUUCAAUAUCCUGGAUAAUCCGGGAUCGUGGCCAGCUCUAGCUUCUACGUCGAACAGUGAUGCAGGGAAUGUGACUGCAGUGCCAGAAACGACAGAGAAAAUGGGGCUCGCACAAGCAAAGACGGCGGUGACAGAGGAGGGAGCAGGUUGUCAGGGAGCAAGCGGAGGCUCCCUCAGCGAAAUUUCUUCAGCAUCACCCACAGCUGGUGGUUCAGGGGACUGGGCAUCUGUCGUCCGUCAGCAUUCCUCCUCACCUGCAGACGACGGCUGUGGGACACUGGAGACCUCAGCCAAAAGUGUACCUCACUCUGAGUCGUCUUCAGAAUCUCUACACUGCAAAGGACCCUGCCGGAGCUCGGUACUGCGGCCUCUUCUGUGCAAUACGGGCACUGCCAUUACUGGAUCUAGGAGCUUCUCUGAAAUUCUGGGCAGUGGGAGCGGGGACCUCUGCCGCCGUGCGCCAUCCAACAUGGCAGUUGGCACUGAAAGAGGAAGAACUCCAAGACCCGACUGCAGAGCUGGUGCCUUUGUCAGCACCUACCAACGUGGGCGUCGUAAGUUGCCAGUAAUAUCGACCAAGUACCGUUAUGUGGCCUCUCAGCGAACUACUCGGACAGAUCCUAGUUAUCGCCAUCAGCAACAGGGUAUUGUGCUAAAUGCUUCAGCGUCUACGUCACAGAAGGCAGCCACGGGGUCACCAGUUUCUGGCAUCGGUAACAGGAUGCAAAGUCCAGCCUGCAGUGACGAUUUCUCUGGGAUGGCCUCCAAGAGUGGAGGAAGCACUGCUGGAACACAGGUUUUACUGAAAUCACCAGGAACCACAGCAUCAAAGAGCAUUUCUAGCAGUUCACAGCUGACUGUACACAAAUCUAUGGAACAAGGAGCAAGAUCACCUUACAAGAAGGACAACACUCAAUACUCUAUUGAUUCUUCUGCAGUAGAUGUCAGUGCUGGGAGGAAAAAGACAACUCUGAGAAAAACAACUCUUAUUCGACAUCCGAGAAACAGGGCUCAGAUGCCUAUGGUAAGAUCAGCACAGUAUACCAAUUCCAGUUUUGAGGAAGAUCCAAAAAUGUGUUAUACAUUGGGAGAUGGGAGAAAAAUAGUGUUUUCUCCAAAUGCUGUGAACACACCACUAAAUAAGGCUAAAAAGGUUCAUGAAGAAAAAAGAAAAGCUGCCAGUGGUGGAAGUAACACACCGUCUAAUGACACUGAAGAAGGACCUUCAGAAGCAGGAAAAGAGGCUGUCAGAUGUAAUUCAGCAACAGAAGCUAAUAGGGCCUCUGUAAAGGAAAAUAAAGCACAGAAUGAAACAUGCGCCUUCGAUACACCAGAUAAGUACCAGGAAACAGCACAGCAGUCACCACAAAAGUCUGCAACAGCAGCGGCAGCGAUCCAGUGUUCUAUUCCGAAUGGAAGGGCAGCUACUAAACACCAGCAGGACAGCUCAGAGUUACAUGCCAUGGAAGAGAUGCUACUGGCUCCAACUUCGGCUCUGCCAGUUGCAACUAACAACUUCCAGGCUUCCUAUGGGGGGCCUGCAGCUAAGCCACGUCUCUAUCGGGAGCAACACCAGCAGCAGCAACAACAACAGGGGCAGCAGCAGCAGCAGCAGCAUCAGCAACAACAACAGCAGCAGCAGCAGCCACAGCAGUUCUCAUAUGGUGCAGAGACAUACCCCGAUCACUACCAUCAGAGCUUCCCUGAUGGGCGACUGAGCUUAUUUGAUUCCGUGCCAAAUAGGUGUGCAGUUCAGUCUUCUAACGCAGCUGGUAUCCGUCAUGGUCAUUACGUGAGGGACAUGCUGAGUCGUAUCGAUGAUGUGCAGCAACACACACAGCAUUUCAGUAGCAAUCAGGAUAUCCGCACCAACAGGACAGUGUUUGAUACCAGUGUCAACUUACUGACUGAGGCGUCAGUGCUCGGAGGCUGUGCAACUUCAGUUAGAACAGCUGCUGUUGCGGUGUCCAGCAGGGAGCAGUAUCACCUGCUGAGGUGUGAGGGCUGCAGCGCGACUGUACCUGUCCUGCUCCCAUCUGCUCCCGAGGAGAUCCUCACUUGCAGUUCUCUUAGGUGUUUGGUGCAGUUACAAACUCACUUUGGUAUAAAGGCAAUUCCAACACAUGCGGAGCCACCAUUGCAACUGUUUACCUCGUCGGUGGGGCUGGUGCCUAUACGUGAGGUGCCAGUGACGUAUCCAUUGUCGAAUGCAUCUGUUCAACAGCCAUUUCUGAUGGACCUUCAACAGUUUGUACAGCUUAAUGACCAGCAACAUAAUAUGGUUACAUUGGACAGAAUAUCUACCAAUGACAUGCCCAUAUCAGAGCCAGCACAGAGGGCAGUCCCCAUCGACCGAAAUUCUGCACGAUUUGGAGAUACAUGGACUCCUUUUGGACACCCACCUCUACUGUGGCAUGACUGGUCCCAGUACAGCUCUAGUCUACAACCUUCAGAUUUUGCAAUGCCUGAAGUGGCCCCUGGAAUAAUUGUGGAGCCACAACAACCACUUUGCAACAGGGAACAGAACAGUUCUUCUCUGCAUACAUCCACUGAUGGCCUUCAGCUACAAGAAGGUAACAACAAUGUGAAUACAGCAUUCUAUCCUCCGAGUAGGAGGAGCGUGUCAACACCAUUGGGGCACUACAGCAGUGGUGCUGAGCUACACCCAAACAAGAAUAUUGCCUGUGUAAAUGUUGAAGGACAGUACUACUCUUAAACAAUCUACACAUUUUCCCAUUACAUGUGGGAAACUUGGGUUGUAUUAGGUUGAUGUCCUCAUUGCUUAUAAAUUGCACUUAGUACUGGUGCAAUAAAAUGUGAUAUGCUGAACUUGAUUUGUGAAGUUCUUGCUGUCUGUGAAGAAAAUAAUAUCCAGUGCAUUGUCACACACUUAUGCUACUUUAUAAGUGCAGUCAAUAGUUGCUUGUCGUUGUUGACUUAACAUUUUGGUAUGUUUUUCGCUAACAAAACAACAACUUUCAUGUUUAUUUAUUUUUCCAAGAUGUAGAUAUUAAAUUGUAUGAACCCAAUAAAAAAUUUAAUUUAUAAACGCUUUCUGA